GACCUGUGGCUGGGUGAUGGCAGGGUGGCCAAAGGGCUCCAAGGCUGGGGCCUGCAGCCUGUCUCACAAGAGGUCCUGUUUAUGUAACGCUCCAGGUUAGGUUAGGCUUUAUUAUUUCUAUUCCCCCCCCUCCCCCCCCCCCCCCCGAUAUAUGUUUAUAUUCUUUCUCCUUAUUUUUAUUCUUGGCCCUUCACAGGGUGGUGAAUCCUUUUUCUCUCUGUCUGGAGUGUGGGUGGCAUUGAAAAAUAUCAUUGGGAAUUUGGUUUUAGGAUUGUUUUAUUAAUAGUUUUUGUUUACAAGGUGGUGGUGUGUGCCGAGAGGGGGUAGAAAUGGCAAGAGUGGCUGAAAUGUUUUCCAGCUCUGUUGACUGAACGUGCCUGACCUCCCUCAGUAGGACUUGGGGUCUGGUGGCUCUAACUUCGUGAUGUCAAGGGGUCGAGAUACAGGGGAGAUCCAAUCCUACGAUGGUGGGUGGCCCCACACCAGGAUGAGGGAAUGGGAACUCGACCUUGGAACAGGCAAAUCCACAGUGGCCAGUCUAUUUCUGACUGAUGGCUGGGCAGUCUCUCACUCUCCAGAUUUGAAAGCACCAUAUGAAGGUGGAGUAUGGAAAGUUAGAGUCGACCUUCCUGAUAAAUACCCUUUCAAAUCCCCGUCUAUAGAUCUCACCAAUAUAUUUGAAUCGUUCCUGCCCCAGCUGCUGGCCUACCCUAACCCUAUAGAUCCUCUAAAUGGUGACGCUGCAGCCAUGUACCUCCACCGACCAGAAGAGUACAAACAGAAAAUUAAAGAAUACAUUCAGAAAUAUGCAACAGAAGAAGCACUAAAAGAACAGGAAGAAGGCACCGGGGACAGCUCAUCUGAGAGUUCCAUGUCUGACUUCUCGGAAGAUGAGGCUCAGGACAUGGAGUUGUAGUAGAAGAGGCAACCUGCUUUUCAGAGAGACUCUAAUUUCCUAACCAUGAGAAGCAGACUAUAAUAUUCAUAUUUAAACAAAGCAAUUUUUUUUAUUACUAAACAAGGUUUUUAUGAAUAAUAGCAUUGAGAUAUAUAUAUCACCCUUUAGAUCUUGAUUUUCUUGGUCAUUUCUCGAACCCGAGGUGCAUAGCAUAUUCCCACAUUCCAUUUUGGUAGCAAUAUGCAGCCCAAAUGCAUGCAUUCAGAUUCCAUUUGGCCAAGUCAACUUGUGUGCUACUGAACUGUCAGCUAAAACAGCUGCCCUGGUAGGUAGGGAGUUAGCAAAAAGAUGUUUGCUUUCUUAUCAAUGUUUCCAAAGACACCACCUUGGAUGCUAACGUGGAACAGCAUAUUCUCAAAGUAUAAAAUCUGGGGGAUGAUAUACUAACCGUGUAGAUCAGACAGUGGAAUAAAAGCUGCUCCUUCAGGUCAACCUUGCUGAUGGUAUUUUACAUGGAGUCACAUUUAAAAAAAAAAAAAACAAACAAAAAUAAACAAUACAAAUGCAUGGAGCUAUUCAGAGCAUUGAAGCUUAAAAAUUUGACUUGGAUUUUAAGUCCGUUUUUGUAUGUGGACUCCUGCCUGCCCUUCUGAACUGUAAGGACUGACAACCACUGGUCUGUUUGCUUUUGGGACUUUUGAAAGCCUUCAUCUGGAUGUUAUUCACUUUCUUGGUCUGGAUUACAAGCUGUUCCCUUUUCGGGAGGAAAAAACAAAACAAAAAACCAAAAAAAACCCCCCACCAACAAAAACACAAACCACAAAUGAUGCUCUCUGAACAGUGCUUUGAUUUAGCUGGAGCACAUGUGAAGUGAAACUCUUACUUUGUCAUAGUUUUGAAACUGCUGCCCUUUAAUGGCUUCAAGUUUGCUUUUUUCUGUUGCUUGAAGUAUGGUUAAACACCUCGCAAACACUCUCCAUCUCCUAAGAGGGUCCUCUGACCAGAUGGAUUAGCCUUGCUGAGAGCUUCAGAUCCACGAAGACUGGCCCAUUGGCUGUGGUCCAUGAAUCCAUCGGCGCUGAUUUUAUUUUCCUUUUUUCCUCCCCCUUCUGCACCAGCUUGGUAGCCAUCUGCUUGUGUGUGUACAACAGGAUUAAAAUUUCUUAAAAGUUAACAAAGAGUAUGAUCUAGAAAAAUUUGAGAUGAAUAAAAAAGCCUAAAAGCACCAAUUGAGGAAGCAAGUGAAUCUGCUCUGGGUUUUUUUUUUUGUUGUUUGUUUUUUGGUGGUUUUUUUUUCCCCCAGGAUACUUCUGAAUUGAAAUGUUUGAUUUCUCCUGGUGUCUUUCAGCAAGCUGAGAUUUUUGUUUGUUUUGUUUAGAUGCUAUGAAACCUAAUAUAGUAAAUGUCUACCUGGGAUGCCGGUAUACUUGAAUUUGGAUAAUUGUGCAUUGGAGAUUCAGACUAAGAGGAAUUUUUGAAGGUGGAUGUUACCUGCUGUAUUCUUUUGGGGUUUCGGAGAGGUUUGGAUAAGAUAUUUUAAUUUGUGGUGCAGCCUACAGGACAGUGCAUGGAAGAAUCAACCCACCCUGAGCAACUCUCGAGCAGAGUUUUGAAUGUCAGACUGGUACAUUUGUCAUUUUCCCAGAUUUGGGUGGUUUUGGUUUGGUUGGGUUUUUUUUUUUCUUUAGAAAUGCCACCAAGUUUUGAGUCAUAGGGAUUGGAAGGUUACAAUCCUAUUUCUAAUUCAUAAAGCACAAUCGAGUUAUUUUUUUUAUUUUGGGGAAAAAAACCAAAACAAACCUCGUAAAGUACCACUUUGCUUUAGCAUGAUUUUCCUUAAUAAAAAUAUAUAAAGAAUUUCCUUUAUGUUAAUUACGGGCAUGAAGCAAAGGUUUUUCCUCUCCUUUUCCCCCUUUUUAUUUUAAAGCAGUAAUGUUAGGGCUGUGGCUAGUGACUGUGCUGAAGUUCUCUAUCUAGCAUUUGUGGCUUGUCGGAAGGGUAAUAUUAACUAUUUAACAUGUAAUGGUGUACUUAACUCUUAUCUAGCACGCUGUUUUUCUCAUUACUUUGGGGAGGGAGGGGCCACGUUUUGCUGGCACUGUUUAACUUGCUUACCUGCUGACCUAGCAGUUUGCUUGUGCUAUAACCUUUACUGUAGGUGCUACUUAGGAGUAGAGUAAGUGCUGGGUGGUGAUAUCAGUUUAAAAGAUAAAAAAACCAAAAAAAAAAAAUCACAAUAAAAAUUUGUAUUUUUUCAA